UCCCCCUCCAGGAGGCCGUGCCAUGACGAUGCUGUGCACGGCGGUGGUGAUGCUGGGCAGCCUGGCUCUGACCACGGCCGUGGUGGCCCACGCCUAUUACCUGAAGCACCAGUUCUACCCCACCGUGGUGUACCUCACCAAAUCCAGCCCCAGCAUGGCUGUUUUGUACAUCCAGGCCUUCGUGUUGGUGUUCCUGCUGGGGAAAUUCAUGGGCAAGGUGUUCUUUGGGCAGCUGCGUGCAGCUGAGAUGGAGCACCUGAUGGAGCGCUCCUGGUACGCCGUCACCGAGACCUGCCUGGCCUUCACCGUCUUCCGCGACGACUUCAGCCCCCGCUUCGUGGCCCUCUUCACCCUGCUGCUCUUCCUCAAGUGCUUCCACUGGCUGGCCGACGACCGCGUGGAUUUCAUGGAGAGGAGCCCCAACAUCUCCUGGCUCUUCCAUUUCCGCAUCAUCUCCCUCAUGCUCCUGCUGGCCGUGCUGGAUUUCCUCUUCGUCAGCCACGCGUAUCACAGCAUCCUGAGCCGCGGCGCCUCGGUGCAGCUGGUGUUCGGCUUCGAGUACGCCAUCCUGAUGACCAUGGUGCUCACCAUCUUCAUCAAGUACGUGCUGCACUCCAUCGACCUGCAGAACGAGAACCCGUGGGACAGCAAGGCCGUCUACAUGCUGUACACGGAGCUCUUCACCGGCUUCAUCAAGGUCAUCCUCUACAUGGCCUUCAUGACCAUCAUGAUCAAAGUCCACACCUUUCCCCUCUUCGCCAUCCGCCCCAUGUACCUGGCCAUGAGGCAGUUCAAGAAGGCAGUGACGGAUGCCAUCAUGUCGCGCCGCGCCAUCCGCAAUAUGAACACGCUGUACCCCGAUGCCACCCCGGAGGAGCUGCAGUCCAUGGACAACGUCUGCAUCAUCUGCCGCGAGGAAAUGGUGACGGGGGCGAAGCGUCUGCCCUGCAACCACAUCUUCCACACCAGCUGCCUGCGCUCGUGGUUCCAGAGGCAGCAGACGUGCCCCACGUGUCGCAUGGACGUCCUCCGCGCCUCCCUGCCCCCUCAGCCGCCCCCCGAAGCUGCAGAGCCGAACCCGGCGCCGCCUCAGAGCCCCCCGGGCGCUCAGCCCCAGAACUUCCCGCAGGGGAUGCUCCCCCCGUUCCCCCCGGGGAUGUUCCCGCUGUGGCCGCCCGUGGCUCCGUUCCCUCCCAUCCCCGGUGCUCAGGGACCCCCCAGCCCCGAGAGCCCCGCCUCUGCUCCAGCCACUUCCAGAGCCGGGGAAGGCAGCGCUUCGGGUUCGGAUGGCGCCGCGGCUCCGGGUUUUGCUCUGCCCCCCCCGUGGAUGGGGAUGCCGUGGCCACCCGUUUUUGGGCUGCCCCCCAUGCCGGUUCCCCCCGCUGGCUUUGCGGGGUUGACGGAGGAGGAGCUGCGGGCCAUGGAAGGCCACGAGCGGCAGCACCUGGAGGCUCGGCUGCAGAGCCUGCACAACAUCCACACCCUGCUGGACGCCGCCAUGCUGCAGAUCAACCAGUACCUCACCGUCAUGGCCGCCAUCGGGUGCGGGCGGGGGUCACCGGGGGGGGCUGGGGUCACUGGGGGGGCUGGGGUCAAGU